AUGAGUUUAUUGAACAGCUCUCAGAAAUGCGUCUCCCAGGGACUCCAUUUUUUCGCCCAGCGCGGCCAGGUGCGCCACGGAGAGGCGAAGGAUGGGCGAAAACACCCGCGUCGCCACCAAAUCCGCCCUGGCUGCCGCCGCCUUCUCCUCGCCGUCGGCGUCGUCGGCUCCGUCGUGCUCGCCGGGGCGCGGCGCGGGCGCCGCCGGGGGGCUCCGGCUGGAGGCGGUGAUGGAGAACCUGCAGCGGGCGCAGGCGGCGCGCCUCGAGGAGAAGCUGCGCCGCGCCCAGGCAGCCCCGGCCCGGAGCAGCCCCGGCGGCGGCGGCCCCACCCCCAGGCGCUCCCGGCCGGGCAGCCGCCUCCGUUGCGCGCCUCGCAACCGCCGCCUCCGCACCCCGCCGCCGCCGGAGCCUGCCCGACGGCCACCCCGCUGGCGCUGCGCCCCUUCCCGGCCGCCGGGCGCUGCGCGGGGCUGCUGCCCUCGGGGCGAGCGCUCCCUCUCCCUCCGCCGCGCCCCGCGCUGGAUCCGGCCGCUGUCCGCCGCCGCCCCGAGGAAGAGGAGGAGGAGGAGGGCGGUGGCGGCGAGGAGGACGACGACGAGGAGGAAGACGACGAGGAGGAAGCGGAGGACGACGAGCCGGACGACGAGGACCGAGGCGCUGCCGCCGCGCCCCGACACGCGCCGCGCCUCGCCUCGCCGCCGCUGCCCCCGGCGCCGCAGCAGCCCCACGAGUGGACCUACGAAGAGCAGUUCAAGCAGCUCUACGAACUGGACACCGACCCCAAACGCAAAGAGUUCUUGGACGAUCUGUUUGGCUUCAUGCAAAAGAGAGGGACUCCCGUCAACCGGAUCCCCAUCAUGGCCAAGCAGGUCCUGGACCUCUACACCCUGUACCGACUGGUGACCGAGAAAGGAGGCCUGGUGGAAGUCAUCAACAAGAAGAUCUGGCGCGAGAUCACCAAAGGCCUCAACCUGCCCACCUCCAUCACCAGCGCUGCUUUCACCCUCCGUACGCAGUACAUGAAAUACCUCUAUCCCUACGAGUGUGAGAAGCGGGCGCUCAGCUCCCCCGGUGAACUGCAGGCCGCCAUUGACAGCAACCGGAGGGAAGGGAGACGGCAAGCCUUUGGGACCACGCUCUUCAACUACUCUCCGGUGGGGACGCCGGGGGUCCUGGCCUCGCCCAAGAUACCACUGCCCUCCCUCACCAUCUCUGCGCACAACUGCAGCCAGAUCAACCAGGUGCACACCAUCAAGAAAGAGGAGAGCAUCCUUUCCUCCGCGGUCCCCGGCCGCUUGGCCAUCCCCGUCAGCUUAGCCGGCCACCAUUUGGUGGCUGCGCAAGCGGCUGCGUCUCAGGCGGCCGCCCUGGAGCAGCUGCGGGAGAAGCUGGAGGGGGGCGAGCCCCCCGAGAAGAAGAUGGCCCUGGUGGCCGAGGAGCAGCAGCGCCUGGUCCAGCACGCCCUCCAGCAGAACCUCCUGGCCAUGGCGUCGCAGUUCCCAGUCAACAUCAAGAUCAACAACCGCGGAGAUGACAGACAGGAGGCUGCAUUGAACCUGUCCAGCAAUGGCAUUAGCAGUAUCAACAUGUCAAUAGAAAUAAAUGGAGUUGUCUACACAGGUGUGCUGUUUGCCCGGAGGUCUGGCGUCGCCGGCAGCACCCCAAGUGCCCACAGCCACAGCAGCCCCGUGACCUCGCAGAGCCAGCUGCUGUCCACGGCACCACGGGGCCACACUCCGGCCAGCACUUCGCCGUGAGGGGAGACGUCCCGAGAGCCUCCUGCCUCCACCCCUCAACCUGGCGACCUUGGGCGGCGGAGACAACGCCACGGUUGCCCUGUGCCAGGGCCCAGCAGAGGGCACCCAGGGUUGCAACUGAGUGGGGCUGGGUGCUGCAGCCCCAUCCUUUCCUGGGGGGUGGGAUUUCUGGGCAGGAUGGAACGAGACGCUUGAGCAGAGAGCUUUGGAGAGGACUUGAGGGGACUUGGAGAAGGAGGAGGAGGAUGGGGAGACCUCGAGGCCGGACUCUGGACUCUGGAGAAGACUCAGCGGCGGGCACGGGUGCAUCCGCUCCCCUCCCCUGUCAAACACGCACAGUUGUAUACCCAGCACAAGCAUGCUGUUCGCACACACAACACCUCACAUCUUCAACGUGACAUCGCUCAGGGCUGGGCA